AUGGGAGACCCCAAAAACCCACUACUGUCCAAGGAUGGAGACAUAACUAUUGGAACUCUUAUUUCAAUCCACAGUAAAGAAACAUUAUCUUCAUCUGAGUUUACAGAAAAACCUCAGCUUAUAUGCUCCAGUGCAAAUAUAGUAGAUUUACGACUGGCUCAAAUCAUGAUCUUUGCCAUUGAGGAGAUUAACAGAAGUGAAAAUUUGCUCCCAAAUGUUUCUAUCGGCUAUAAAAUCUUUGACACCUGUGGAUCAGGACUGUCUUCUAUGAGUGCAACUAUGGCAGUGAUGAAUGGUCAGGAGUUUGCAGCAGGAGACAGAUGCAAUGGACAGCCUCCUAUACAUGCUAUUAUAGGGGAAACAGAGUCCUCUGCCACAGUGAUUUUGUCCAGAACUACAGGACCUUUCAAAAUUCCAGUGAUAAGUCACUCAUCCACGUGUGAGUGUCUCAGUAAUAGGAGAGAUUAUCCUUCAUUCUUCAGGACUAUUGCUAGUGAUUAUCACCAGAGCAGAGCUCUUGCAUACAUAGUCAAACACUUUGGCUGGACUUGGGUUGGAGCUGUGAACACUGACAAUGAUUAUGGAAACAGUGGAAUGGGCACAUUUCUGAAUACAGCGCAGGAGGAGGGGAUUUGUGUGGAGUACUCUAAUUACAUUGAAGAUGUGCCUGAGCAAAGAUAUACAAGCAACAUCUACAAAGCAGUGUAUGCUGUGGCUUAUGCAUUACACAAUCUACUGAAAUGCAAAGAACAAGAAGGUUGUGAAAAAGGCCUGACAAUACAACCACAGCAGGUGGUUGAGGCUUUAAAAAAUGUCAAUUUCACUGUAAAGUUUGGAGAUCGUGUGUGGUUUGACAGCACUGGUGCUACAGUAGCCCAGUAUGAAGUUGUGAACUGGCAGCAGGACUCAGAUGGAUCAAUCCAGUUUAAAGCAGUGGGUUACUAUGAUGCCUCACUGCCCCCUGACCAGCGCUUUGUACUUAACACUGAAAACAUAAUCUGGGCUGGAGGACAGCUGGAGAAGCCAAAAUCUGUGUGCAGUGAGAGUUGUCCUCCAGGUACAAGGAAGGCUGCACAGAAAGGAAGACCUGUCUGCUGUUAUGACUGUAUUACAUGUGCAGAUGGAGAAAUCAGUAAUGAGACAGAUUCAAAUAACUGCCAGCAGUGUCCAGGGGAAUACUGGUCUAAUACUGAGAACACUGAAUGUGUGUUAAAGGCUGUAGAGUUUCUGUCAUUCACUGAAGUUAUGGGUAUAGUGUUAGUCUUUUUCUCUCUGUUUGGAGUAGGAAUAACUGUACUGGUGGCCAUCCUGUUUUACAGUAAGAAGGACACUCCCAUAGUAAAAGCCAACAACUCGGAGCUGAGCUUCCUGUUGCUCUUCUCAUUGAUUCUAUGUUUUCUCUGUUCACUUACUUUCAUUGGUCUCCCCACUGAAUGGUCCUGUAUGUUGCGUCACACAGCGUUUGGGAUCGUUUUUGUCCUCUGUAUCUCCUGUGUUCUGGGGAAAACAAUAGUGGUGUUAAUGGCAUUCAAGGCCACACUUCCAGGAAGUAAUAUCAUGAAAUGGUUUGGGCCUGCACAACAGAGACUCAGUGUUUUUGCCUUUACACUUAUACAAGUUCUUAUCUGUGUGCUUUGGCUAACAAUAUCUCCUCCUUUUCCCUAUAAAAAUAUGAAAUAUUAUAAGGAAACAAUUAUUUUUGAAUGCAGUCUGGGUUCUACUAUUGGUUUCUCUGCUGUGUUGGGUUAUAUUGGUCUACUGGCAAUCCUGUGCUUCAUUUUAGCUUUUCUGGCUCGGACACUGCCUGAUAACUUCAAUGAAGCUAAAUUCAUCACAUUCAGUAUGCUCAUAUUCUGUGCUGUAUGGAUCACAUUUAUCCCAGCUUAUGUCAGCUCUCCUGGAAAAUUUACUGUAGCUGUGGAGAUAUUUGCUAUUUUAGCCUCAAGCUUUAGUUUACUGCUUUGCAUAUUUGCACCUAAAUGUUACAUUAUUCUGUUUAAGCCCGAACAAAAUACAAAACAGCAUUUGAUGGGAAAAAACACAAACUAA